AUGUCGGCUUUCAAGCGAAUAUCGACCGUCCUUUCGGAACAUAGUCCCAAGAGAUCCUCUAGUCCAGGUGGCUCUCGCACGCCGACAGGACUGUCCGAUAAAAGUGCUAACGGCGUCACGGGUCCUGCUAGCCACAAGCGAGGCUCUAUAGCUGCUAUUCUACACAAAUUUGAUCGUCACAACGACACUUCCUCCGGCACUGAAACGAGCGAAACCGAUAGCGACGAUCACAUUGAUGAUGCCACAAGCAAGAAUGCAGCGAAGCGCAUGGAGAAGAAGAGAAGGAAGAAGGAAAUCAAGGCCCGCCUGAGCCUAGAAAGAGGUGAACCUGAGUCAGAAGAGCGUUUGAAGCAGCGUCUAGACGAAGCUCGUGCAAGAGAGACUGAUGAUAUGCGAAUUCGAUACGGGGAACUACCGAUGUCUCAGUCCACAACAAGGAACACUGAACAGCGGAUAGACGUUGACACUCUGACCGAAGACAUGAUUGGCACCCCAGUCAUCUUCCGUGCCCGGAUGCACCACCAUCGUAACAUGGGUACGAAGCUGGCCUUCGUUAUGCUCAGACAGCGAAUCUCCACUAUCCAGGGUGUACUUGUCGAGGAACCUGGAAAAGUUGGUCCUCUGAUGAUGCAUUGGGCAGAACACGUCCGCACUGGCAGCAUUAUGCGCAUAAGAGGUAUCGUCCAGAAACCUGCUGUCCCUAUCAAAUCUGCCUCCAUCCAUAACCUCGAAGUCGGAAUCACUCAUCUGCAUAUCAUUGUAAAGCGAGCAGAGCCGGUUCCAUUCUCCGUUCAGGAGGCUGAGCUACAAAUCCAAGACGAAGAACACAAGUACGAAGGUGUCCGACAGAACAUGAUCUCAGACCGCACUCGUCUUUCCAACAGGAUUAUUGACCUUCGUACUGCAACGUCUCAAUCCAUCUUCCGCAUUCAGGCAGCUGUCGGCAACAUGUUUAGAUAUGAGCUUGACGAGCGAGGCUUUAUUGAGAUCCAUUCUCCCAAAUUGCAGGGCGCUGCUACCGAAUCUGGCGCCUCAGUCUUCAAGGUCGGCUAUUUUGGUCGCAAUGCAUUUCUCGCGCAAUCUCCUCAAUUGGCCAAACAAAUGGCCAUUGCUGGUGACUUCGAACGUGUAUACGAGAUUGGAGCCGUCUUCCGUGCUGAAAACUCUAAUACCCAUCGUCACUUGACAGAAUACACAGGUCUUGAUUUCGAAAUGGCUCUAGAAGAGCACUACUGGGAGGCUAUGGACGUUAUCGACGACGUUCUGAAAGCUAUCUUCAAAGGCCUAUACACCAGAUUCCGACGAGAGAUUGAGGUUAUCAAAGAGCAAUUCCCCUCAGAAGACCUUGUUUGGCUCGAACAAACACCUCGCAUCAAGUUCGCAGAUGCCAUUCAGCUGCUUAAUGAUUCUGGCUGGCUCAACGAGGAAGGUGAGCAAUUGUCUCCUCUUGAGGAUCUUGGCACCCGAGACGAAAUCCACCUCGGGCAGUUGAUCAAAGAGAAAUUCGGUACCGACUACUAUAUAUUGGACAAGUUCCCUCGCUCAGCCCGCCCUUUCUACUCCAUGCCUGAUCCCGAAGAUCCACGCUUUACCAACGCCUUUGAUAUCUUCGUACGUGGCCAGGAAAUUAUAUCCGGCUCGCAGCGUAUCCACGAUGCAGCUGUACUUGAGGAGAAUAUGCGUGCAGUAGGGAUCGACCCGGAAGACAUGGCCGAGUACAUGGAAGGUUUCAGAUGGGCAGCGCCGCCUCACGCUGGUAUAGGUGUUGGGUUGGAACGAAUUGUCAUGUUGAUUCUCAAACUGGGCAACAUUCGUCUUGCUUCACUCUUCCACAGAGAUCCCAAGUCCUUCCCACAAAAGCCAGUCGUCGAGAAGCUUCCUCAUCCUGACGCUGACACGCUCAACCCAACGUGGACGCGCGAACGCGGCCAUAUUGUCCCGGCCGAUCAACGUGUGAUGCCAGAUCUCUACGACCUCAUUGCGAAUUAUGGCGACGCCACAUCAACAUCUUGGGGAGACGCACGUUACAAGAUUUGGCGCGAUACAGCCACUGGUGCUGCAGUUUCCUAUGUCCCAGAGGGUCGCUACGCGAUUCUACCAGGUGAACCUCUGUGCCACCAAUCACAAUAUUACACAAUCGUCUCUCGUUUCCUCACCUGGCUGAAGCGAGAAACAAAGCUCAAGCCCAUCUGGAUCUUGGUCAGUAGGGAGGUUGCCGAUGUGCUUGGCGAACGGCUAGGAUGGAAGACCUUGUCACCUGUUUUGGAAGAACGGGUCGAUGCAACCAAAAAGACUGCCGAGACAGAUCCUGAGGUUGCGCGAAAGAUCCGCAGAGCAAAAGAGCUAGGAGUCAAGGUUAUAGAUUUCAAGGCUGGCUCGCCAAUACCCGAGGACAUUAAGACUAGAGCCAACGCACGUGUCAAGGACUGGCUAGCCAAUCGCAAGGGUACACAGAUUCACUUGAGCAACAUCGACCUCUUUCGAGAUGAAAAACAUAGACGAUACCACAUCGCCGAGGACACAGACGGCAAUAUUUGCGGUAUAGGUGUACUUGCUCAACUUGCACCUCGUCACGGCUGGCAAGCCAAGUAUACUCUCGACUUCCCGAACGCUCCAUCUGGAACAAUCGAGUACAUCACCACACAUGCGCUCUCCGAAGCUGCUGCUGCAGGUAUUGAGAAGGUGACAUUUGGUGGUGGUGCCGCACCCCAUCUGACUCCUGGCCAUAACUUGAGCGGCGCUCGCUUGAAGAUGUUACAGGGUACUUACGAUGCGAUCGUCAAGCAGUUCAAUCUGGUGAGAAAGAGCGAGUUCAGAGAGAAGAUGGGUGCCAUUGGCGAGCCACAAUGGAUCGCAUAUCCGCCGGGUGGACUAGGAUCUAGUGGAAGGGGUAUCAAAGCGCUCAUGCGAUAUCUUCAGGAUGAGUAG